ACGCAGCAAACUGUAUUCAGAGAUUACUCUUCAUGCAUUAUGGACUUAUGCUAAAAGCAUAAACAGGUGUCCUUGCUCACUCCAUUCAAGAAGGGUGUUGGUGAUUGGAAUAAAGGAACUUUUGCUGAUCUAUUUCAUCAUGCUUCUUCAUUCUAAUCACAAUCAGAAUUGACUAUGGUGUUAUUGAGCAAGCUAGGAAUGAGGAGCUGUUUCAAUGUAAUUAAACCAAUGCACAGCUUUUUAUUUUCACAAAUCCAAACCUUAUUUGGGCAACUGCUGCUCGCACUACUCUAACACAACUUUCUUCCCCUCCACAUCUGUUACAACGAUGGAGAAGACUUUGUUGAUGUCUCUAGAGGUCGAAGAGGUUUGGGGGCAGUGUUACGUGAUGAAUGUGGUGAUUUCCUUGCAGUUUCUAAAGGCUUGUCAGGUCAUUUCAGUGUCAAGGCAACCAAACUUUAUGCAGUAGCUCUGGGCUUACAAACUCUUCAUCAAGCAAAAUUUUUAGGUCGGCUAACAUUAUCUUGGAAAUGGAUGCGCAGGAGGUGAUUAAUUAAUUAUUUCAAUUUCUUCUUCUUCUCCAAAAAAGAACAAAAAGAAAAAAAAGAAAAAGCUUCAUUUUCGGCGGUUGACGACCUCCACUCAUGUAGUGGGAGUAGUGGGAGAGGGAGUUAAUAAUAGCAGUUAUGGUUCCUUCUUCCUCGUCCAAAAUCCCGCCCUUUUCACCACCUUUCAAAAUCUACAGAGACUACUACCCUAUAUGAAUAAAAUGGCCAACACUAACGCUCAAGCAGAACUGCAAAUUAGGCAAGCAGAGGUCCGAAGUGAAAGAGGAGCAAUAUGAUGAGCCUCGACUACUUCUAUGUUAGAUUGCUCUUAUUGCUGUCCUUAUUUUGCUUCGAAUGUGUGUUUGGCAGAGAAAGAGGAGCAGGUUCAGGCUUGCAGACCAUCAAUGUAGAUCGCAAGGCCAAAAGCUCUCUUUUUUUUAAUGUCAAGAGCUUUGGUGCCAAAGCAGAUGGCCAAACCGAUGACAGCAAAGCCUUCACAGCAGCAUGGAAAGAGGCGUGCCAGUCCAAAGGUAGAGUCCACCUAAUAAUCCCAAGAGGAACAUACAUGAUUGGCCCUCUUAAGUUUUCAGGCCCCUGCCAAAACGUAUCGGCUCUAAAUCUUCGAGUAAAGGGUUACUUGAAGGCUACAGCGGAGUUGUCCAAGUAUGAAUUCGGUGGCGGUUGGAUUGAAUUUGCUUGGAUGAAGGGGCUAACCUUGACCGGAGGCGGAACCUUUGAUGGUCAAGGUGCUAAAGCCUGGCCUCACAAUAAGUGCUCUAAAGACUCCAAUUGCAAACUUCUUCCAACUAGUUUGAAAUUUGUUGCAAUGAAUAAGACAGUGAUCCGGGGCAUAUCCUCGGUGAACAGCAAGUUCUUUCAUAUAGCUGUUGUGGAAUGUCACAACUUCAAAGGUAGUAAACUCAAGAUUCAAGCCCCAGAAACCAGUCCUAAUACUGAUGGAAUCCACAUUGAACGAAGCUCGAGUGUGUACUUCUCUUCGUCACACAUUGCUACUGGUGAUGACUGCAUCUCAGUUGGACAAGGGAACUCCCAAGUCACCAUAACUAGCAUUGCUUGUGGACCUGGUCAUGGAAUCAGUGUGGGAAGUUUGGGAAAAUAUCCGAAUGAAGGAGAUGUUAGUGGGCUUGUGGUCAGAGACUGCACCAUUUCAGGUACCACAAAUGGUAUUAGGAUCAAGACAUGGGCUAACUCUCCAGGUAGAAGUGCAGCCACCAACAUGACAUUCACAAACAUCAUCAUGAACAAUGUGACCAACCCCAUCAUAAUCGAUCAGACGUAUUGUCCAUUCACGUCUUGCGCUACUAAGGUGCCAUCAAAAGUGGAGCUGAGUGACAUUUACUUCAAGAACAUAAGAGGGACCUCGUCUUCUCAAGUAGCGGUUGCACUUGAAUGUAGCAAAGGGAUUCCAUGCCAGAACAUUUACCUUGAAGAUGUUCAUCUGGACUUGUCAUCUGGGAAGGAGGAAGCCACUUCAACUUGCAGUAAUGUUAAAGCCAAAUUCAUUGGCACCCAAAUCCCACCACCAUGUACUUGAUUAGUUUUCCCUUUGUUAUGUGGAUUGAGAAUAAGAUCCAGAUUGAUAGUUUCCACCUGAACUUUGAUGUUGAACUGCAAUCCUAGCUGUUUCAGGAAGGUUAACUUGAGUUAUCUUUGUGGAUUUCUGUGUCGAAUAUUAUAACAAAGCUUUAAGGCCUAAUAAGGAUCAAGGAGACCUGUAAGC